CCCUCUCUUCUUAUGUGUUCAAUCUAUAAAUAGAACUCGUUUCUUGAAUUCCAACCACGCCACAUUCAACUCGAAGCUAAUGGCGUCGUCGAAGCUGUGUACAACGUUGCUGCUCUUCUCUCUUCUUUUGAUCCACCAAGCUGAAUCUGAUUAUAUGGUGAUUCAGUUGAACACAGCUGAGGAACCAGCUCCUCCGCCUCCGCACAUAGAUUGCGAUGGAGCUUGCGAUGCUCGGUGCCAACUGUCGUCGCGGCCGCACCUGUGCAAGAGGGCAUGCGGGACUUGUUGCGCUCGCUGCGACUGCGUGCCACCAGGAACUUCCGGCAACUACGACGCCUGCCCUUGCUAUGCCAACAUGACUACCCACGGAGGCAGGCACAAAUGCCCCUAGAAGGGUUUCAUUUUCCACUUAGCUUCACCUGCGAAAAAUGUUUCUAUUCAGUUAAUGUAUUGCCGAGUUUGUGACGUCCAAUCCAUAAAUAAACUUUCGGAGUAAUGGUUAUUAAUAUUGAUGGAUCAUGGGAUUGGCCCCGUAAUCUUGUAAUUUUAGCCUUCCUCACUUGAGUACCAUGUUUGGUGGCUUUGAGUUUUCUUAGACAAUAAAAUUUUACAUGUCAACAAAACUUUAUGGAGUA